CAAAGACAUUCAGUCAGAGCAUACGUUUCGAUCGAAACGCACACGGUACCGGGUUCACUCUCGUCUUCACUUUGUGCACCAUACAAUUUCAUAGUAAUUUUUUUUGUAUUUUUCGUCUUCUUCUGUUCACGUUUUAAAAUUAACCAUUUCGCAUCGUUGCUUUGAGGUUCGUUUUUAAAAUUGCCUGUCUCUGUUUCUCGCUUGACUUUUACUUACAUUUUGAAUCUCUUGUGUUUGAACGGAAAACGAUUUUGAUUUCUUUCGUCGCGAAUUGUUGAAAUAAAAAAUCUAUCGUAGUAAAAACAAAUCAGAUUGAAAAGUCAUGAUAAUUGGAUUGCUUUUCUCUCUUCUGUAUUUUAAAAUUUAGAAUUGCAUAACAUACAAUUAAACCACCGCACCAUUGGGUCGGUAGAAAACGACAGUAACCACUCUAUCCGAGGUAACGCGCGCGCGCAUGCACACACGAGCAAUUGAAACGAAAGAAGAAAAAAAACAACAACACCACGGUAAUUCAUUCAGCAUUUUGCAGAGGCCAACAGCAGCAACCAGCCAGUGUGUUUGUACAAUAAGACGCACACACAAAACCACAUCAUUCAUUGAGAGUCGUAUUUUUUUUAAAUAAAACGUGAAAGCGAUUAUAUUGAACGCACACAGCAAAGAGACAAACGAAAACAAAACAAAAAAUCAACUAAAUUGCUUGCUGAUUGUAUUUUUCGGAGGGCUAACGGUGCAAAUAGUUCAUGUGAAUUUGGUGCGCUCGGUGAAAUUUGUGUGUGAUUUUUGUGUUUUUUCCAUACAAAAGAAGCAAGGCAUGCUUUGACGUGUUUGAGUGAUCAAUCAACGUAUUUGUUUAUACGAAUCAAUUUGGCAAUUGUUCAAAGAAAAAGUGACUCUUUAAGUGAUUAAGUUUAAAGUUAAAAGAAAGACCGGAAAACAAGACAAAAAAAAUGGCAGGAGAAAAUAAUGUUACCCUCGGCAACGGCAAUGUACCAAACACAACAGCACAGCCAUCCACAGCGAAAACGGAACCAGGCACAGCCGAAAGCAUCCUCACGACAAUCGUCCUAACACUAUGGGAUGUGAUUGUGUUCUUAUCCAUUUCCAUUGGAUACAUAUUUCAAGACUUAUUCUACAGAGUGUUUGGCUUUCCGGAGCAAAAGCUACAAGGUGAACUAGCUCUUGUGACUGGCGGCGGCGGUGGUCUUGGAAGACUGAUUUCGUUGAGACUUUCAAAAUUAGGUGUUGACAUCGUCAUUUGGGAUAUCAAACAAGAAGGUAUUGAUGAGACCGUUGAGAUGAUUCGAGCUAAUGGUGGCACUUGUGUUGGUUACAAGGUCGAUAUAUCGAAGAAAGAAGAGGUUUACAAAGCAGCUGACGCUAUUCGUCGUGAUGUUGGUGAUAUCACAAUGCUGAUAAACAAUGCUGGUGUUGUUUCGGGACGUGCAUUAUUGGAUACACCUGAUCACUUGAUCGAGCGAUCAUUCAACGUCAAUGUUUUGGCACAUUUUUGGACAACAAAAACCUUUUUGCCAGCUAUGCUUGAAAAAGACCAUGGUCACAUUGUAACAAUUGCUUCGCUCGCCGGUCACGUUGGUAUCGCUAAAUUGAUUGACUACUGUUCGAGUAAAUUUGCUGCCGUUGGCUUUGACGAAGCACUUCGCUUGGAAUUGGAAUUGCUCGGUAGCCAAGUGCAAACCACUUGCAUUUGCCCAUUCUUUAUCCAAUCAACUGGCAUGUUUGAUGACGUUAAUUCAAGAUGGGUACCAACAUUGACAUCAGACGAUGUUGCCGAUCGUGUAGUUUCAGCCAUUCAACGAAAGGAGAAACUCGCCAUCAUUCCACGUUACCUUCAACUGAUGCUCUGUGUAAAAUGGAUUUUCCCAUGGGGUUGUGCUUCAGGAUUUUUGCGUCGUAUUGUGCCCGAUGCGGCUCCAGCCCAUGAUUUAUUGCACGGUUUGCCAGCCAUUCAGCGCCAAUUGACCAAGGAACUAUUGCUCGAAAAAGAAACAACGGCUGACCUUGAGUCGGACAAGGAAAAUACAAUCCUUUCCGAUGGCAGCAACAACAACAGCUUGAAUAACUUGAAUAACAACAAAAGUGCAUCGUUGCUCAUCAAGCGUCUGCCAUCAAUUGGUGAACGUGUGCUAUGAAAUGUGCAUCAAGAUCUGAACUAUACUACCAAGGAAACAAAAAAUUGCCUAUAAUAUUCGACACAGCCGCAUGAUUCCGAUAACAAGUUGUCAUUCUCAGUCCGUUUUUAAUAACUCGAUCCAAAUUGUUUGUCAUGUCCACCAGUUGUGAUUUUUUUCAUGUCACAACAGCUGAAAUUCAAAAAAAUGAAAAGAAAAACGCUAAUUGUUUGGUCAUUUAAAACAAAUUGCGUAAACGUAAAUCGACACUUGUUAUCCGAACAAUUCAAACUAAUUCAAUCUAAGCUAUAUGUAGUGACACAGCAUCUUAAUUCCCGCAUACUUUGACGCGAUAAAACAGACACAUCUAAUGCAAUAUUCCGAUAGUUUCAUUUCUGUUGUGUUGUAAUAAUUGAGUACCAGUUUGAUAUUUUUCAUUAGAGUGCAGUUUAGAGUAGCAUUAGAUAAGCAAACAAGAGAAAACCCCGUAAUUUUAUGAGAGAAGAACGAAUGAACAAACAACAACAACAAAAUUGAGAACAUAGAAAAUCACACAAAUUCCAGCAUCAAUAUAAACUAUUUGAUAAUAUUAUGAAUAAAAAGUGAUUUAGUUUGUAAAGAUUUUUACCUUAUUAUUUGUAAAGCGAAAACAAAAGCGAAAGCAUUCAACCAGAUGUAUGGUCUUAUUUUCGUAGUUUAAGUGCAAACAAAAACGAUGGAGAGAAUUGUAAACGAUAAGCAUUUUAGAUUUAAUUUUGGUUUCGUUUUUUUUUCUUCUACGAUAUUUCUUAGGGUGUCCUUUCUUUUAGAAAUACCCAAAUGGAAAAACAAAACAGUUGCCUUUUUUUAAAUGUAAUUUUGGAUGAAAAUUGUAAGAAAAAUCUAUUUUUUUUUGGUAAUAUUGAAAACAUUUUGUAGAAACAAUGGUUAUUUUAUUAUCCACAUUGAAAAAUCCAUUUUCCGAAAUAAACACGAUAACGAAAGAAAGAAAAAAAAAAUUCCAUAUUUUGCUUGUCAAAUCAUAUUUGGAUGGAAAUAAAUAGCAUUUACAACAAAA